GACGGAUCGGUGAGCUUCAGAUUAGAUGAAACUGCUUUGGAAGACCAUGUUGUUGUGUCUGUUAUGUUCGAUUGUGGUACAUCUUCAAUCAUUCGACCCAUUACAAUGAAGGCUCUAAUUUACAAGUCAUUCAUUUCGAUUGAGUGAUAGGGAUCACUGCAAAUACUAGUUAUUGCCGGAAAACUGGACUUGGGUGCUAUGGCAUGGUUCUCGCCCUCCAGGUUUGUUUUCGGUUGCAUGUAUAUCCCUCCCGCUGGUUCUCAAAACCUCCACUCACUAAGAAUUGUUUGCACUUCCUUCCUCAAUUCCAAAGCAUGGUGAUAAAAGUGCUGCAAGGGGUUGAUCCAAACCGGAAGUGCAUGCGGAUUAUUGGCAACGUCCUGAUCGAGCGACGGGUGAAGGAUAUUCUUCCUGCUCUAGAAACUAAUGUUCAAAAGAUGACCGAAUGUAUCGACUCAUUAACAAAGAAGUUUGAAGAGAAGGGACGUGAGCUACAGCGGUACAAAACCGAACAUAAAAUUCGGAUAGUGGGGGAGAAGGAACCAAAUGAGCCUGAAAAGAAAGGUGUUUCCAGUUCCGACAUGAAAAGCACAUGUGCAGAGAACGACGCGUUCCUAAGGUCUCCAUGGGUACCAUAUGUUCCGGACAGUAGCUUAAAGGUCUUCCUCAUUCCUCCCCAGUAUCUUGUCGAAGCCGAUGAAAAUUCAGAAGUAAUUAUCACGGCUGAGCUCUGUUUUCCAACAGAUUUGUUGUCCCUCUGGUCUAUUGAAUCAAUCAGGAAUCCUGAAUCCAAAUCCCUCAUACACAUGCAAAGCAAGUGA